AAUGAGUAACCGGUCAAAAUUCAUCUGCGUUAUUAAUUAUUAUUAUUGCAAUAGUACGUAACAAGUAGUAUUUAAACAAGAUAUCGUGAAGAACUAUAACACUUGAUAACAGUGACUACGUAUUGAACAUGUAUAUACAAUUAGUGUUGGUGUUGUGUCUUAUUUUGCCUUUCUCAAAAUGUGAGGACUCCACGUGCAACCUUUUCCAGAAGUAUGUGCUUUUUAAGGAUGAAUGUCCCACUGAAGAGACAAAUGAGGUCCAACAAAACAGUUGUAGCUAUUUUCAGAAAUAUGUAUUAUGGAGGAAAGAAUGUAAUGAGGUACCGCAGGCCGAUAGUACCUUUACAAAAUGUAAUCGAGUUCAACAAAAAUUGUUAGGACAAGAUUAUUGUACAUACAUCCCGGAUCAGUAUUUAGAUGUGCCUCAAAUAAUUGCCAGACAUGGAUAUCCUUCUGAAACUCAUAUCGUUGAGACCGAGGACGGAUAUUUACUACAAGUUCAUCGGAUCCCAAGACCAAAAUUGGGUGCUUCUAUUGGACAGCCUAUAUUUUUACAACAUGGUUUAUUAGGAAGCAGUGCCGAUUGGAUAAUUAAUGGAAAUAAUACUUUAGCAUUUGUAUUGGCAGACAAAGGUUAUGAUGUUUGGUUAGGAAAUGCACGAGGAAAUGUUUAUUCGAGAUCACAUAUCUCCCUGCCAAAUGAUUACUCAGCUUUUUGGAAUUUUAGCUUUCACGAAAUGGGAACCAAAGAUUUACCAUCGGUUAUAACGUAUAUUACCAGAGUUACAAAGAAGCCAGGUGAACUUAUUUAUGUUGGCCAUUCGAUGGGAACAACUAUGUUUUAUGUAUUCGCAUCGGAGAAUGCACGAGUAGCCAAAAAUAUUAAAGUAAUGGUUGGGAUGGGAUCCGCUGCUUAUAUGACACAUAUAACAUCCCCAAUUAGAUAUUUUGCACCACUUACGAAGGAUCUAGAGUGGUUACGAAAAUACUUGGGAUUUAAUCAAUUUUUACCAAAUAAUAAACUGAUGCGUGCUCUUAGUUAUCAAUGCGAACUAUUUAGAAUAGAUGCGAAAAUGUGCGAAAAUCUUAUUUUUGCUGUAUGUGGAUUUAACAAGGAAGAAUUUAACACGGAAAUUCUUCCAAUAUUAUUAGCAAAGGACCCAGCUGGAGCUUCUACCAAAACUAUCAUUCAUUAUGCCCAAGAAAUAAGAAACAAUGGUAACUUUCAAAAAUACGAUUAUGGUGAGGAGGGUAAUAUGAUUGAAUAUGGUACCGAAACUCCUCCAUUGUAUAACAUAACUAGUAUCAGAACUCCCAUAUAUCUCAUGUACGCUAUGAACGAUUGGUUAUCCAAUCCAGUGGACGUAUUCCGUUUUGCCAGUGCUUCAAAAAAUUCAGUAGGUCUGUACAAGAUUAAGAUGGAUUCUUUCAACCAUGUAGAUUAUAUUUUUGGGAAAGAUGCUGAGACUUUGGUUUACCAACCUCUAAUAAAAUUUCUAAGUAACUACACAGAAAGUGAUUCUAGGUUAAGGAAAUCAAGAUUGUUUUCAUGAACCUGCUAUGAAUGCUUCUCUGUAGCCAAAGUAAUAAACCAUACAGGCUCAUGAAAUGAACAUUCCGUGUAAAUUUUAUAUACUACUUAUUUAAAAAAAUUGAUGAAACAACAUGCUCUUUAUGAAAGGUAUAUUUAUUUUAUAAAAAUCCCAAAAAGAUCUACAAAUUUCACAGAACGUUUUCGCUCUCUAAAAAGAGCAUCAUCAGUGUUCUUACAGGCUUGACAUGCUGAGCUACCUGGAACCAAAAUGAAUCAACCAAAAUGAAUCGAAAGAGCCACCAGGAACACUGACAUACAUGGGUUAAAACCUUUUAAAUAUCGACUAAAUGUCUCACAUAGGAAUAUUAAAUAUAAAGUCCAACGUGAGACAUUUAGUCGAUAUUUAAAAGGUGUUAACCGAUGUAUUUUUGGUGGCUUAGCAUGUGAAGCCUGUAAGAACACUGAUGAUGCUCUUUUUAGAGUGCGAAAACAUUCUGUGAUAUUUGUUGGCCUUUUUAGGUUUUUUACUAAUAAUAUAAUUUUUAUAAGAAAAAUUGUUCAUAGAAUUUUUUUGUAAUAAAUGGUAGGUAUACCUACAGCUAGUUACAGGGAAUUCUUCCUUGUUGAUACUUAUGUUUAACUUUUUAGUAUAGUGGGAAUAUUGUGAUCUUAUAUUAUUUAAAAAGGAGGUGAGAUUUAUUAUAUAAAAUAGAAGAUAAUGAAAUCAAUAUUUAUUUAAAAAUAAUUGUAAAUAUUGACUAUUUAAAUUAGAAAAUCAAGAGAAACUUGAGGAUAUUAGUGUUAUUAUUACAUUCACUAUUGAAAUGUUCCUUAAACAAUAAUGUUUUUUUGUGUUGAUAUUUAAAACUUAUAAAUAAAGCAUGCCAAGAC